AGUGGAAAGGGUGGACAAUUGCUGACUUGCUGUUUUUUUUUAUUUUUAUUUUUUUAUGUCGGCCUGCUUUACCACACAAACAUCACUCAGCAUUGUGGCACCGAUUAAUGUUCGUUUGCACCAAAUCACAGAUCGCUCUGACAGCUGAAAGCUGAAAAUUACACCAUUAAUCAACAAUAAGUGCAUUUACACUGAGGUGUGAUUAGGACAUGAUAAUAGUUUUGAUCACAUUUAAGGCCACACUUUUUUGCCAACCAUAGGGCACUUACGGUAAGACACAUCUCCUUCAUGCCAAGACAUUUUUCCCAUGUGGAUUUUUUGAUAAGAAUGUCAGAUGAGAAGGUGUGCGAGUUUGCCUUUGUGUUUGAUGAAUGGGACGUUUUGGCAGGCGUGACUGCUCUCUUUUAAACCGCAUGUGGGUGAAAGGGCCAAUCUAACGAAAGCAUUUACAGUUAAUCUGAGAUAAGUGAAAGUGAAAGACAUUAUAGGGGUGUAUAUAUAGAGCUCGUGCUCGUGUAGUCUAGAGCACACACACAGUCAGGAUGGUGAGAAACAGUGUGACGGUACAGGCAGCUGCUCUCCUGUUGCUUGCUUUGCUCUUCGUCUGCUGGAACUCUGCAGGAGCCACUGAUGGAGCACCAGACUGCUGUUUGAUGACUGUGGACAAAAAGAUUCCACAAAACCUGGUGGAAUCCUACUACAUUCAGACUCUAGAGACAGGCUGCAGAGUGCCGGCUACAGUGUUUGUCACGAAGAAAGGCAAGCAACUCUGCGCGCCUCGUGCGACAAAGAACAACUGGGUUAAAAAGUUGAUCAAUAAACUCAACAAAACAUCCAGAAAACCAUCCAAACGAAAGUCGCAGUAGAUUACCUCGGAUCAGAUAACACAGGUCCAGUUUCGAUCAAUCAAUCAAUCAAUCAACGACUCAACUCGGAUUAGACUGAUCUGAGACGUUGAAACCACUGCCAGGAAUGAAUAAGCUUUUCGAGUUAUACGGCUGUUGAUGUGUGCAACCAAACCCACCACCUGAACAUGCCGUGAUUGUAUCUUUAUUCUGAAAAAUAUUUAUUCCUGCUGUACAUUAUAUGUAUUUUCUUGUGAAUCAGUAAGCAGGUUGUAUUUCGUGGAGCACAUAACAGAUUGCCACUGAUUUGUAUUCUGAAUGUUUGUAAAAGACACUUUUUUUUUUCUUAUAAAACACAUGACUGUGAAUACAAUUUGUAUUUUUUGUUUGCAUAGUAAUAAAAAGCCAUCAUAUUGUGUCAUACAA